GGCGGGCGCGGGGGGAGCGCCAACACAUUGGAGGAGACGGAGCUGGAGAGAGCACCGGCGAGCAGAGGAGGCGCUUCACCCCUCUGCCGAUAUAACCACAGCCCGAGUCGGGGAAAGUGCCAGAGCCCGGCAGCGAAGUGCUAGGAAAUAAAGCAGCCAGGCAGGCGUGGCGAGGAUGCCUGCACCUGUAUCCCUCCGGCGCUGAGACGCGGGCGCGGCGGGGAGCUCGGAGCACCCCCCCCACACACACACACACACUCCUCGGCGGGGCUGAAACAACUCCUCGGUCCCUCACACCCGCAGCCCGGGCAGCGCAGGAUGGGAGCCCGGCCCUGAGAGGCAGGGGAGAGAGAGACCCCGUCCCCGCGGCGGUCCAUGUUCCAGACAGGAAGACUCCAUUAUUUCUGGGCAUACUUGUUUCCUACACAUCCACAUCUUGGAAUCCUGAAGCUUUUUCUGCCUACAGAUCUAUAUUCUUGAGGUAUUUUGAAUGGACAUACCCUGUGCUUUCUUCCUGUUCCAAAUCAUGAGAUUAGCUGCAGCUGGAGAUGAGAUUUCCUGAAAAGACUCUAAUAUUUCCACUCAGCACCUUGCUUUCAUCGGUUUUCACACAUACAAGGACUAUUUUGUUGAGACCAUUUCCAUUUUGGAGGGAACCAUCCAUACAGCUGACAGCAGAACUAAGGCUGAGCUUUAAUGAAGAAACAUCAGCGCUGCUAACAUUCACACGAAUUGGGGCUCAAGACCUUUGUGACCAAUGAUGAAGUCGUCAUGGAAACUGUUUAUGUUUCUGUCACUUGCUGGGUAUCUUUCAGACUGUUCAGAAGCCGUUCCAGGCCUCCCUACUUCAUAUGCUGCUAUCCUAAGAAUUAGAGCUGGUGGUUCAUCUUCAGCCUCGUUUAGUUCUAAGAGCCGACCACGAUCAAGCAGCCCUUCAUUAGGAAGCGUAUCUUCACCAAGCUGGAGAGGAGCAGCGCAACAGUACCACCCACCAACAAACCUCUAUCACUUCUCAGAGGCCUUUAGACAUGAUGAAAGUGCUGAUUAUGGGCCAGUGUUUAUACAAGAGCCUGAUGAUUUGAUUUUUCCUACUGAUUCUGAGGAGAAGAAAGUGUCUCUGAACUGUCAAGCACGAGGAAAUCCUGCUCCUACAUACAGAUGGUUACGGAAUGGAACUGAAAUUGACAUUGAAAGUGAUUACCGCUACAGUUUGAUAGAAGGAAGUUUGAUCAUCAGCAAUCCCAGUGAAGCUAAGGAUUCUGGGCAGUAUCAGUGUCUAACUACCAACAUGUUUGGCACCAUAUUGAGUAAAGAGGCCCUUCUUCAAUUUGCAUAUCUGGGCAAUUUUAGUGGACGGACAAGAAGUGCAGUGUCUGUACGGGAAGGUCAAGGAGUUGUUCUGAUGUGCUCUCCUCCGCUACAUUCACCAGAGAUCAUCUAUAGUUGGGUAUUUAAUGAAUUCCCAUCUUUCGUGGCAGAAGAUAGCAGACGUUUCAUCUCUCAGGAGACAGGCAAUCUGUACAUCUCCAAGGUGCAAACAUCUGAUGUUGGCAGCUAUAUCUGUCUGGUAAAAAACACAGUGACAAAUGCCAGAGUUCUGAGUCCUCCUACACCACUUACACUACGAAAUGAUGGUGUGAUGGGGGAAUACGAGCCAAAAAUUGAGGUCCAUUUUCCAUAUACAGUUACAGCUGCUAAGGGAACUACCGUUAAGAUGGAGUGCUUUGCUCUUGGCAACCCUGUUCCAACAAUCUCAUGGAGGAAAGUUAAUGGUCAUAAUCCAAGCAAAGCCCGUCUGAGAAAAUCCCAAGCUGUGCUUGAAAUACCUAACGUGCAGCUAGAUGAUGCAGGAAUGUAUGAAUGUAAGGCUGAAAACUCACGUGGAAGGAAUGUCUUCAGAGGACAGCUACAAGUGUACACCUAUCCACAUUGGAUGGAGAAGCUUAACGAUACUCAGUUAGACAGUGGAGAUCAGCUCCGAUGGGAAUGCAAAGCCACUGGAAAGCCAAGGCCAACCUAUCGUUGGCUGAAGAAUGGACUCCCUAUCUGGACACAGAGCAGGGUUGAGAUGGUUAAUGGUGUACUGAUGAUCCACAGUGUGAAUCUCUCAGAUGCUGGAAUGUACCAAUGCUUAGCAGAAAAUAAAUAUGGAACCAUUUAUGCCAGUGCUGAGUUGAAGAUUUUGGCUUCAGCUCCCACUUUUCCACUAAAUCAAAUGAAGAAAACAAUAAUUGUUACCAGGGGCCAAGAAGUUGUCAUUGAGUGCAAACCACAAGCCUCUCCAAAACCAACUAUCACCUGGAAGAAGGGAGACAAAGCAGUAAGGGAGAAUAAGAGGAUAACUGUUCUUCCAGAUGGGAGCCUACGUAUCCUGAAUGCUUCCAAAUCUGAUGAAGGAAGGUACUUGUGCCAAGGGGAGAACGUAUUUGGUUCUGCAGAAAUUGUAACAUCGGUAUUUGUUAAAGAACCUACAAGAUUAGAGUUGACUCCUAAGAGAACCGAAUUAACAGUUGGAGAGAGCAUCGUUCUCAACUGCAAAGCCAUUCAUGACAACACACUGGACGUCUCUUUCUAUUGGACCUUGAAUGGACAGCCAAUUGAUUUUGAGAAGGAAGGUGGACACUUUGAAAGCAUCAGGGCACAAGCAUCCUCUGCAGAUUUAAUGAUCAGGAACAUCCUUCUGAUGCAUGCUGGGAGAUAUGGCUGCAGGGUACAGACCACAGCAGACAGUGUGUCAGAUGAGGCAGAACUUCUUGUUAGGGGUCCUCCUGGUCCCCCAGGGGUAGUAAUAGUUGAAGAAAUUACAGACACCACAGCAACACUUUCUUGGAGUCCAGGGGCAGACAAUCACAGCCCUAUCUCCUUCUACAACUUGCAAGCACGCAGCCCAUUUUCACUUGGCUGGCAGACUGUAAAGACAGUUCCAGAUACCAUAAGCGGUGACAUGGAAUCUGCCAUGGCAGUAGAACUGAACCCUUGGGUAGAAUAUGAGUUCAGAGUUGUAGCAACCAACAAAAUUGGGACCGGGGAUCCCAGUGUACCAUCUCGAGUGAUCAGAACCAAUGAAGCAGUUCCAAAGACAUCUCCAGCUAAUGUAAGUGGCAGAAGUGGAAGACGGCAUGAAUUAGUAAUAGCUUGGGAGCCAGUAUCAGAAGAGUUCCAGAAUGGGGAAGGAUUUGGAUACAUUGUGGCAUUCAGACCCAAUGGAACACGAGGUUGGAAGGAAAAAAUGGUGACAUCUUCAGAUGCUUCGAAGUUCAUCUACAGGGAUGAAAGUGUACCUCCUCUUACCCCCUUUGAGGUGAAAGUUGGUGUAUAUAACAACAAAGGAGAUGGACCCUUCAGCCCUAUUGUGGUUAUCUGUUCAGCUGAAGGAGAACCCACUGCUGCUCCUUUCGAUGUCAAAGCUACAAGUUUGUCUGUAUCAGAGAUUCUUGUUGCGUGGAAACGUAUUAAAGAAAGUCUAGGAAGACCACAGGGAUUUGAGGUUGCAUACUGGAGAGAUAUGGAGCAGGAAGAAGCAGCAGAAAAAGUCAAAACUGAGGGAAAUGAAUCAUCCAUCAUUCUGACGGGAUUAGAAGGAAACACAUUAUACCACCUAACAGUCAGGGCCUAUAAUGCUGCUGGAUAUGGACCACCUAGCACAACUGUGCAUGCUGCCACCAAGAAAUCCCCUCCCAGCCAACCACCAAGCAAUAUUAUGUGGAUGCAAGAUGGCUCUCAUGUGUCUCUGGGAUGGGAGCCAGUCAGACCUCUAGCAAAUGAAUCUGAUGUAAUGGGGUAUAAGGUAUUGUUUAGACAAGAAGGUCAAAGCAACAGUCAGGUCAUUGAAACACAGAAAACCUCUGCAGUGGUUCUUCUUCCUGAUGUUGGCGUCUAUAUCAUAGAGGUUUGUGCUGUCAGUGAAGGAGGGGACGGGACAGUCAGCUCCCAAAUCAGGGUGCCAUCUUUUUCAGGGGGAAAAGUCACGAGCUCUCAAUCCACUUUACACAUUUUCUCAACGUCCUCAUCAUCUGUAACGUUGCUCUUGGCACUGAUGGUUCCUUCAACCUCAUGGUGAAGACUGCAGAAUAUUUUUGUUGUCAUUGUUUGUUUGCUUUAGCUUGAAGACACCAAUGGAUGGAGCUUUAUGUCCUUGGAGAAGCUGGAACCCUAAGCUAAUGCUUAAAGACCCAUAGAAAUACAAAUACACAUAGUGCACUUAGAGGAGUGUUGGAAAAAAUGGUCAAAUAAUUCAUCAGGUUUUUCUCUUCAGUUUUUGUAAAAGUCAAGUCCUCUGUUUGGCGAGGGGAUCUUUACUGGCCCAACAAAAUAUGCAGAUUGUAUGUAAUUAAUUUUUGUAAGCAAUUGCUAUUUCCGCCAAAUGUAUCCUACUUUUUUAAUAUGUUUAUCUUUGGUGACCCCGGUUGUGUACCAUGAGUUGUUUAGACAGUGGUGUCUUGUACAGUACAUCUGUUUUGUUUAAGAAUUUUUUCUUUCUUUUUUUUUAAAAAGAACAACGUUUGAUAAAGACGUUAAGUCUAAUGCUUUUCUUGCUUCCCCUCAGGCUGGCUGCUCAUGUUGACAGGUCAUUUAAGAGAGAAGAAAAAUAGUUCAGUUGGUAUAUGGCCCACUGCAAAAGUAAAGAAAAUAUUUUAUGUAAAAUGUAUGAAUACAUAUUAAAUGAGAAAAAAAAUGUCAAUCCGAUACCUUGAAAGUACUCACAAGAGAAAGAGCAAAAUAAGCCAUUUAUUUUACUGCAAGGUAAACUGAAAAUGAUUAAACAAACUUAGAAGACAACAAGUGCUAUUGUUUUUCAUCAAACAACAAAAGAAGCAGAUGUUUAUUUUUAAUAGUAAAAGUUAAUCUUCAUUUAUUAACAAUGCAUCUGGCAAUGAAACCACUUUAGGCAUUUAAUCUUAACACAACUAAAAAGAAUGAACAACUAAAAAGAAUACAAGGAGAUAAAUAUACUUUUUUUCUGACCAGCUGUCAGUCUUAGAUCUUAUUUUUUGAAAUCCAUUUUUGUAUGGUACUGUACUUUCUAUAUUUGGUAAAUAGGCUAAAUGAUAUACAGAUGCAUAUUAUGGCAAGAACAUAUUUGAUGGAAUAUAGUCAUUCAAUCAUACAGAGUUCAGUAAGGGUACAUUUUGAAGACUGUUACAUCCCAAACAACAUUUGAAUAAAUACUACUGAGCAUCAUUCCAGUUUGUUCAGUUACUAGCUGAUCAGAUAGAGAGUUGCCUAUAAGGACUGUGCUGUCAGCUUUAGUCCGAGACAACUUUCUACUGUACCAAUCACUUUCCAUUCUGUAGUCAAGUGGGGAGAGUCACCAUGGUACGUCUAAAGGCUUUUCCUCAUAGUGGCACUUAAGUUAAAAUGAGCCUGGUGCAUAUGGGGGCAUGGAGGGGUGUGUGCAUGUGUGUGAGUAUAGUGUGUAUGAUAUAUAGGGAAGGGGACUCUACUAACAUAUAUGUAGAGAAUGUGCCCAGAAAGAACAUUACCUUAUUGGGGAGAACAAAUGUAUUGUGCUCAGUCAGUUUACCAGGAAAAUCUUGGUAGCAGAGAUUUUCUAGAUGAGUCAGUGCUGGGUUCUCUGUACUAUGUUUGCUUCCUAACACACUCCAGAUAUGCCAUUUCUUAGCAACUUUAAAAGUAAUACCUAGGAAAGUAUCAUAACAGAUCAGGUGUUCAAACCAUAUGCAAAUCUGGAUGAAGAAUGGGUUUUUAUAACAUUUUCCAAAAAUAUUUUUUUCCAAAGCAGUUUGAAUUAUAUUCUUUGUAACCCGCUGAGAAUUUUAAAGAAUGUAUGCAGCUCAUUCCCAAAAACCAGAUUUGAAAUAGUCACAAAUGUUGCUAGAAGAACAAUGACAAGAUGGUUAGCUGAGCACUCAAUGUUGUGAGAUAAAAGGCAGAAAAGGGCUUUCUAGAACCACUUUGAAAUAGCAGUUUAUGGUAAAAGAAAGGGAAGGGGAAUAGAAUGCAUGCAAUGCAAAUUGGCUUCAUUGCCAUUGCUGAUAGAGCAAGUUGAAACAAAGCAACUGCCUGCUAUGGCUUGCAAAACAGAAGCAUUUCCAUUGAGAGAGAGCUUGCAUGAGCAAAGUCAUUUUUAAGGGAAAAAAAAUCAGCAAAACACAGUGAUGAACCAGAAGGCAAAAUGUCUGUUUUUUAAAAUUAGUUAAGUGUAAUUCCCUCUACCUAUCUUUUUAGGGAAUUGCUUGCCAAUGCAGUUCCAUCAGGUGUAUUCAAAAAGGUUUCAGUCAGGCAUUCUGGUCAAACAGUUUUCUGAAUAUAGUAAAUGGCUAUGCUUGAUUUUAAAAAAGUAUAAAAUUCUGACAUAAAAAGAUAUAGCUGAUUCUAGUUAUAUCUAGAUCUAUAGUAUCAAGAUAUAGGUAGAAAUAUGGAACACACCUUCAAGUUAUAUAGUUGUAUUGCAAGAAACAAAGGGGGUAUGUUUUAUAUUCAACAUGAACAGAAUCUGUAUUUUGCAUCUUAAAUAUAUUAAUAAACAUGUUUUAAAUGUUUAAGUACCUAUGUAUUACAUAUUUGUUACUUCGUAGAAGACAAUGUUUCCUUAUCAUGACACAUUAUUUUUAGGUGCAAUAGAGAGCUCUUUCCUAUUCUGUGGAUGAGAUUGUAACAGUGCAGUCUAAUGUCACUGAAGAGACUGUAUUUUUGUAUGAUGUCACAAGAGCUGUUUGGCGAAUAAUAUAAUCAGAAAUAAACCUUGUUUGCAGACCAAAACAAAGGUACUGUUGCAGCCCAUCUCAAAAUGUUAGAUAUAUUGUAUACAAUCUGUAUAUAUACUAUAUAUAAUAUAUAUUAUGUGGAAGACACAGUAAUAUAAUAGUUUCUGUGUACUGUUCUUGUAACAUUAGAUCUUUUUAAUAAAUAAUUCUCUUUUUAUUGACUUUUA